AUGGCCGACAACUGUGUAUUUUUCCCCCGUAAAUUGCUCAAGAAAUUCAUUACUUUGUAUAGAGAACUACCUUGCUUAUGGGAUCGAAAAUCCGUUGCGUACAAACACAAACAGAAGCGACAUGAAGCGAUAUCUAAAUUAACAGAAUUAGUGCAAGAAUUCGACCCAAGUGCAACUAGAGUGCAUGUUCUGCGUAAAAUAGAGAGUAUAAGAGCAUGCGUGCGCAGAGAAUACAAGCGAGUACAGGACAGCCGACGUAAAAAAGCUACCAAUCCGGACGAGAUAUUAUACAAACCGCAUCUUUGGUAUUACGACUUGUUAUCGUUUCUGUUCGAAGCCGGUUUGCCGCACAGCGAACAAAAUGAGGAAGUAGAAGGCAGCACCAACGACAACGCGGAAGAAGAGGAGCCCGCAUUUGAACAAUCAAUGGACACAUUCAGUGGCAAUAUGACAGGUGCACCAGAAAGCUUUACUAUGCCCAAAAUGUUCGAUGAAGAUCCACACAAAACCGAGAAACGACAUUGUACCGAGAUUGAAGAUGAAUACGACGCGAUCGGUAUCAACGUGGCAGCAAAACUGAGGAGUCUUCCAUCAAACAUGAGGAUAGUGGCAGAGAAACUAAUAAAUGACGUGUUAUACCAAGCUCAAAUGAAUGGCCUGAAUUCUUCUUCAGUGAUAAUUACAACGGAUCCUUUUAAACAAGUCGUAAUAUAA